UAUCAUUGAAACACGGGAAAAUCACUAUGCUUGAACUUCUCGUUUUGAUGUUACUCUUCUCUGGACCAACCCUGAGCAAGCUUAGCAGGACCAAAGGCAAACACUGGAAGGGGGGAUCCCGUCUCCGCCAAGAGGACUUUCCACCACGGAUUGUUGAGCAUCCUUCAGAUGUGAUAGUGUCUAAGGGAGAGCCAACUACUCUGAACUGCAAAGCAGAGGGAAGGCCGACCCCCACCAUCGAGUGGUACAAGGAUGGCGAGCGGGUGGAAACGGACAAGGAUGAUCCGCGCUCCCACCGGAUGCUGCUGCCCAGCGGAUCUUUAUUUUUCUUACGCAUCGUGCACGGGCGCAGGAGUAAACCCGACGAGGGAAGCUACGUUUGCGUAGCAAGGAACUACCUUGGGGAAGCUGUGAGUCGCAAUGCGUCCCUGGAAGUGGCAUUGCUUCGGGAUGACUUCCGCCAAAACCCUACGGAUGUGGUGGUGGCAGCGGGAGAGCCUGCAAUACUGGAGUGCCAGCCUCCUCGAGGGCACCCCGAGCCCACCAUCUACUGGAAGAAAGAUAAAGUCCGUGUUGACGACAGAGAGGAGCGGAUAAGUAUCCGUGGUGGGAAGCUGAUGAUCUCCAACACCAGAAAAAGUGAUGCAGGGAUGUACACGUGUGUGGGGACCAACAUGGUGGGAGAGCGCGACAGUGACCCUGCAGAGCUGACUGUCUUUGAGCGGCCCACAUUUCUCAGGCGACCGAUUAACCAAGUGGUGCUGGAGGAAGAGGCCGUGGAUUUCCGGUGCCAGGUGCAGGGGGAUCCCACACCCACAGUCCGGUGGAAGAAAGAUGAUGCAGACUUACCAAGAGGAAGGUAUGACAUCAAAGACGACUACACCCUGCGCAUUAAGAAAGCCAUGAGCACGGAUGAAGGAACCUACACCUGCAUCGCUGAGAAUCGGGUUGGAAAAGUGGAAGCCUCUGCUACGCUCACCGUGCGAGCUCCCCCACAGUUUGUGGUGAGACCACGAGACCAGAUUGUAGCCCAGGGUCGAACAGUGACUUUUCCUUGUGAAACUAAAGGAAAUCCCCAGCCAGCUGUUUUCUGGCAAAAAGAAGGAAGUCAGAACCUACUCUUCCCAAACCAGCCUCUGCAGCCCAACAGCAGAUAUUCCGUGUCACCGACCGGGGACCUCACCAUUACCAACAUCCAGAGGUCUGAUGCAGGCUACUACAUUUGUCAAGCACUGACGGUUGCUGGAAGCAUUUUAGCAAAGGCUCAGCUGGAGGUUACUGAUGUCUUGACAGAUCGGCCUCCGCCCAUCAUCCUCCAGGGCCCUGUCAACCAGACCUUGGCAGUGGAUGGCACAGCUCUGCUCAAGUGCAAGGCCACUGGCGACCCCCUCCCUGUCAUCAGCUGGCUCAAGGAAGGGUUCACCUUCCUGGGUCGGGACCCUCGGACAUCAAUCCAGGACCAGGGGACGCUCCAGAUCAAAGCUCUACGGCUGUCUGAUACUGGGACUUACACUUGCGUUGCUACAAGUUCCAGUGGGGAGACGUCCUGGAGUGCUGUGCUGGAGGUGACAGAAUCCGGUGGAGCGACAAUCAGUAAAAAUUAUGAUAUAAAUGACCUCCCUGGGCCACCAUCCAAACCUCAGGUCACCGACGUUACUAAGAACAGUGUCACCCUGUCCUGGCAGCCAGGGACCCCUGGAACCCUACCAGCUAGUGCAUAUAUCAUUGAGGCUUUUAGUCAGUCUGUGAGCAACAGCUGGCAAACGGUGGCCAACCACGUGAAGAGCACCCUGUACACCGUGAGGGGCCUGCGCCCCAACACCAUCUACCUGUUCAUGGUCAGAGCCAUCAACUCACAGGGCCUGAGCGACCCCAGCCCCAUGUCAGAUCCUGUCAGAACCCAAGAUAUCAGCCCCCCAGCACAAGGUGUGGAUCACAGGCAAGUCCAGAAAGAGCUGGGAGAUGUCAUUGUACGGCUGCAUAAUCCUGUUGUGCUGACACCCACGACAGUGCAAGUCACCUGGACGGUCGACCGGCAGUCCCAGUUCAUCCAGGGCUACCGAGUCCUGUAUCGCCAAACCUCCGGCCUGCCUGCCCCAGCUGUGUGGCAGAACCUGGAGGUCAAAGUCCCCACCGAGCGCAGCGCCGUCCUGGUCAGCCUCAAAAAGGGGGUCACUUACGAAAUUAAGGUGCGCCCGUAUUUCAACGAAUUCCAAGGGAUGGACAGUGAAUCCAAGUCUGCUCGUACCACAGAGGAAGCUCCAAGUGCUCCUCCUCAGUCUGUCACUGUCCUGACAGUUGGGAAUCACAACAGCACGAGCAUCAGCAUCUCCUGGGAUCCUCCCCCUCCUGAUCACCAAAAUGGAGUCAUCCAGGAGUACAAGAUCUGGUGCCUAGGUAAUGAGACUCGAUUUCAUAUCAACAAAACAGUAGAUGCAGCCAUUCGGUCUGUAGUAAUAGGUGGCCUAUAUCCAGGUAUCCAGUACCGCGUGGAAGUUGCUGCAAGCACCAGUGCAGGUGUGGGAGUAAAAAGUGAGCCACAACCCAUAAUAAUUGGGGGUCGUAACGAAGUUGUCAUCACCGAAAAUAACAACAGCAUAACUGAGCAAAUCACUGAUGUGGUCAAGCAGCCUGCCUUUAUAGCUGGCAUUGGUGGUGCAUGUUGGGUCAUUCUCAUGGGUUUCAGUAUCUGGCUGUACUGGCGAAGAAAGAAGAGGAAGGGCCUCAGCAAUUAUGCUGUUCAGUCCUUCACCUUCACCCCUGCAGUCACCUUCCAAAGAGGAGAUGGAGGACUAAUGAGCAAUGGAAGUCGACCAGGUCUGUUGAAUGCCAGUGACCCCAGUUAUCCUUGGCUUGCAGACUCUUGGCCUGCCACAAGUCUUCCAGUAAAUAACAGCACUAGUGGACCCAAUGAUCUUGGGAAUUUUGGUCGUGGAGAUGUGCUGCCACCAGUGCCAGGGCAAGGAGAUAAAACCGCUACCAUGCUUUCCGAUGGGGCCAUUUACAGCAGCAUCGACUUCACCACCAAAACCAGUUACAACAGCUCCAGCCAAAUAACUCAGGCUACGCCAUAUGCCACCACCCAGAUCCUGCAUUCCAACAGCAUCCACGAGCUGGCUGUCGAUUUACCGGAUCCACAGUGGAAAAGCUCAAUUCAGCAAAAAAAUGACCUCAUGGGAUUUGGUUACUCUCUCCCAGACCAAGGCAAAGGCAACAAUGCCUUGCUUUACAUCCCUGACUACCGGGUGGCUGAGGGACUGGCUAAUAGAUUGCCACACAACCAGUCACAGGAUUUCAGCACCACCAGCUCCCACAACAGCUCAGAAAGGAGUGGCAGCCUCUCAGGUGGCAAAGGAGGGAAAAAGAAGAAAAACAAAAAUACUGCCAAACCUCAGAAAAAUAAUGGUUCAACCUGGGCCAGUGUUCCCCUCCCACCCCCUCCUGUGCAGCCACUUCCAGGCACAGAGCUGGAGCACUAUGGGGUGGAUCAGCAAGAAGCAGGAUAUGACAGUGAUGGUUGGUGUCCGCCUUUGCCAGUUCAGACCUACCUGCAUCAGGGCAUGGAGGAUGAGCUUGAAGAAGAUGAUGAUCGUGUCCCCACACCUCCUGUCCGGGGAGUAGCUUCAUCUCCUGCCAUCUCCUUUGGGCAACAGUCGACUGCAACCCUCACGCCUUCCCCACGAGAGGAGAUGCAGCCAAUGCUUCAGGCUCACCUUGAUGAGUUAACAAGGGCUUACCAGUUUGACAUAGCAAAGCAGACAUGGCACAUCCAAAGCAAUACACAACCUCCUCAGGCUCCAGUUCCUCCCCUAGGAUACGUAUCUGGAAACCUUAUUUCAGAUUUGGAAACAGACGUUCCAGAUGACGAUGAUGAUGAGGAUGAUAUUGAAGAAGAAACUGUAGAAAUCAGUAGGCCACUAAGAGGUCUAGAGCAUACUCCAGGCUCCAGUAUGGACAAUCUAGACAGCUCUGUGACAGGCAAAGCAUAUUCUUCCUCUCAGAGACCUCGGCCAGGCAGUCCUUUUUCUACUGACAGCAACACCAGUGCAGCUGUCAAUCAGGGUCAGAGGCCGAGGCCCACGAAAAAACACAAGGGCGGACGUUUGGAGCAGCCGCCUUUGCCUCAUCGCCGGGAGGGAAUCACGGACGAUCUUCCACCACCACCCGACCCGCCCCCCGGUCAGGGUUUAAGGCAGCCCGUAGUGCCGGGCCAGCGUGGAGGCUCUGCCGAGAGGAAGGGGAGCUCUCUGGAGAGGCAGCACGCAGCAGCCAGCGUAGAUGACACAAAGAGCUCCCUGGACCGGCCCGCUAGGACUUCACUAGAGUGGCAGCGGCAAGCCCAGGAGUGGAUAAGCUCUACAGACCGCCAAGAGGAUUUCAGGAAAGCCCAACACAAACAAGCCUUCGGAUCAGAAGAGGCACUCGUACCAUAUAGUAAACCCAACUUCCCAUCCCCUGGUGGCCACAGCUCUUCAGGAACAUCUUCUUCUAAAGGAUCAACUGGACCUAGAAAAGGUGAAGUCUUGCGAGGAGGUCACCAACGCAAUGCCAGUGACCUUCUCGAUAUAGGCUAUGUGGGAUCAAACAGUCAAGGACAGUUUACUGGUGAAUUAUAGUAGUUGAGAAGACACAUUGCAAGCUGCUCUGAUGGACCAUCAGGUCUCAACUCAUGGAAGUGAUGACACUAAACAGUGCAAUGAACAUUUUCUUUAUUUAUGUACUAUUAAAAGAACUGUAAAUGCAAUGUAAAGACACACAGCCACACAUAUCCCACAGAUACUUUACUUGUGUUCUUCUCUUUAAUACACCAUCCACCUUAAACUAUUCCUUGUCAGGAGUAUAUAAAAAAAAGAAAGGAAAAAAAAAUCACCCUCCAGGAUUAAAAGGAUUUCCUUCUGUAUAUAAUUUUUUUUGUUGCAUUGCUAUGCAAGAUCACCUUCCUUUUAGCUAUGUUCAUAUUCAUGUCUGUUUUUACUGGUCUGUUGUACUAUAUGUGAAUUAAUAGGCUGUGGUGCCAUAUAUUAACUUUUAAUUGUGUAACUUUUAUGUUUAAAGUUUGCACUGCAAUUUUAUUUGGUGAUAAGCACAAAACUCUACUCCUCAUGACAUGAAGAAAAAGGAGACUGAAUGUGUGAAGUAGGUUUACGUCCUGUAAGCUACUUUGGUUAACGCUGUAUGUAAAGGAGUAUGUUAGGUGGUUUUCCAUUGGAGUGUGGAAAUGAGAAAGUGACAGGCAAAACUGAUGUCAGUGAAGACAUUAGAGACAGAUUUAAACCUUUUAAAAGCAAGCAAUUUAAACCUUUUAAAAGCAAGCAACAUAGUUGCUCUUCCUAUUUAAGAAGGGGUCAGAAAAUGGAAGUGUGAGAUUAAAGAGUGAAAAUGAAAACCUAAGGUAGCAUGAGAUGGCCUAGACCCUUUCACUAGAAUGAUACCCUUAGUAUCUGCUUUUAGCCAUCCCAUGCCACUGAGCAAAGGGGAAGAAAAACAGACCUUGCUACAAACAAAAUAACUUAAGGUGUUUCACUAAAGCUGUUUUUAUUUUGCAGUUUUAAAAGAAUUAUUACUGUUAAUUUCUCCAGCCCAAAACAUAGGACAGAGAUUUUCCAGGAGAAACAAAUCAUAUAAACACAAGGAGUACCUAGUAAGACAAUAAGAAUGCAAUUUGUUAUUAAGACAUAUUCAGGCUGCUUCCAGAAAAUUGAAAUAUCGGCGUAUAUUAUUUCAUCUUUCCAAUUCAUGUACAGUACGAUAGAGGAUAAAGCUGCACCACUGAAAUUCAUGACAUUAAUUGUUCUGAUGCAGUCUACACGACUCUUUCUGUUCCAUGCCUGAAGUCUGCAAGAGCUGAAAUUGGAUCCACUAAAUUUAAAUUUGUAGUAAAAUGUUUAGUGUUUGGAAGGAAAGCAAUGGUCAAAUUAUUUUUGGCUUGCAUUAAGUAUAUUUCUGGCAAUACGAUACAUCCAAAAAGUUGGAUAAAAGCAGAGGAAAUCUUUGACCUGUGUUUUAGUGAGUGUCUUCAAACUCUACUAUUAUGAGGAAAUAACGCAUGUUUAUACACUUUUUGAAUAAACCAGACUCUGUAAGUGGACAUUAGUGACAGCAUCUUGUCUCUUCAUUAAUUUUCAUGACUUUGUCCAAGUCUUCUUUACCUCUCCAAUCUCAAAGAGUAAAUUCUCAAGCUUUUCUUAGAAUAUUUUGUGUGGCUAACCCACCCAUUACUUUGAUGCUUAAUUUAAAUAUUGCAUCUUACAGCUUAUUUCUGUUAGUUAUUUGACCAUGAACACAAGUUUUCAUUGAAUACCCUUUUCAUAUAACCAGUCUAUGUUGUUUUAUAGUUUGCCUUGGAGCUCACCAGUAUUAAGAACACUUUUUGUCAUGGCAGAAUUUUAAAAAAGUAAAUUACGAUGCUAGAUAUGUGUUGCUUUUCAUUUCAUUAACUUGUUCCAUGAUAAGAUAAAACACUACAGACAUCAACUAUUACUCAGCACUAUUGAAUAUUGAAAAAUGCUAGUUAACUCUCUUACGGUCAAGACGUGUUAUUUAGCAAGUUACAAACAAAAAAAAAAGUUGAUAAAAAAAUAUUAAUUUAUUUACAUAUGUGACCAAUGAGUAUAUGCCUUUUUUCUGCUCGUUAAAACACUACAGUUAAAAACAUAACUUUAAAAUGUGCAAAAAAUGUUCAAGUAAGAUAAAGAAUGCAGCAUAAUUACAUAUGCAUGGUUUUUAUUUUGGUAUUACCAUAUGAAGACUAUUCAGCGUACAGUUCAAAUUUAAUUCUCUGGAAAAUGUUUAACUCAGUCACCGAUAGUUGUUUUUUCCCCCAUUUAAUUCAGAAGCUUGUGCUGAGCUUUGGUGGAACACCUUACUCACUCUGUUCUAUUAAAAAUUCAGUAUCAUUAGAGGUUGAUAAAGCCAUUCCAAUUACUUUCAAAUAUGUGUUUUAUCUCUUCCACUGGAAAGUAAAUGUGUGUCAGUAUUAAAGCUGUUCAGUACCAUGAUAUUCACUAACUUGUCCAUCUGCUUCUGUACAUUUUUGUUCAUUAAUGAUUUGCUUACAAUAUUACAUAAGGUGUUGUUGUGUAUGGCAAAGUGUCUCCAUUAUCUUACAGGUGAUGUCUCUUCUUUUUUUUCUCUCUCUCUUUUCUAUACAGUGUACUUCCAAUGAACCACAGUACAUAUUUUUUAAAAUGCCAUUUAAUUUACUAUUUUAAAAGAAGUAUUCUUCUUUUUUUAAAAAAAUGAAAACAUUUAUUGUGAAUAAUGUGUUUAAAGAAAAGGGAUGUUGUGGCAGCACUUAGAAUUGUUUUUUUAAUUUGUUUUUUUUAAAAAAAACCUGUUUAUUGGCUACAGUUUGUUCACGAAAAAGUAUGACCUCUUAAUGUGUUUCAUUGGUAUUGUUAGUGCAGCAAAGUUUAAUUGGCAUAAGAAGUUGGUUAAUAGUACUGUUGAAGUGUGUAUUGUAUAUUUA